CGCCCGUCUAGAUAUCUGUCGGAGCUAAAUCCAUUAUUCCAAUUCCUUAAUCGCCUUCGUCUCAAUUCGAAACCCUAAUUGGUGAAUUGCCGCGUCGUUGACGAGGAUGGGGUUUGACGAGUACGAUUACCUGGAGAAGACGGUGGAGGAAGGAGACGGAUUGGAUAGGAAGAAGGAAGAGAGCGGUAACGAGAGGAGUUACAGGAAGAGAGAAGGAGAGAGGCGUGACGUAGAAAACGGUGACGAAGAGCGAAGGAGCAGUCGGAGUAAGAGGUCUCGGGGAGAGGACGAAGAGAACGGCGAAGGCAAGAGAAGGGAUCGGGAGAAAGAGAGGCACAGGAGCAGCCGAGACAAGGAAAGAGAGAGGGAUCGUGAGAGGACUAGCAAAGAGAGAGACAGGAGCGAUAGGGAGAAAAGCCGAGACAGAGAGAGGAGAAGCAGCAGUAGAUCACGGAGGGAAGUAGAGGAAAGAGGAAGCAGGAGACACAAGGAGAAGAAAGAUGAGCCUGAAGCUGAUCCAGAGAGAGACCAAAGAACUGUUUUUGCAUAUCAGAUGCCUCUUAAAGCUACCGAGAGAGAUGUUUAUGAGUUCUUCUCCAAAGCUGGCAAGGUUAGAGAUGUGCGACUGAUCAUGGACAGAAAUUCAAGACGAUCAAAAGGAGUCGGGUAUAUUGAGUUUUAUAAUGUGAUGUCUGUUCCAAUGGCCAUAGCUAUGUCUGGACAUAUGUUUCUUGGGCAACCUGUGAUGGUUAAGCCCUCUGAAGCUGAAAAGAAUCUGGCACAAUCAAAUACCACUACAGGCGUUGUAGGCGGUACUGGCCCUGUUGAUCGAAAGCUCUAUGUAGGGAACUUGCAUUACAACAUGACAGAGUUGCAACUUAGACAGAUUUUUGAGCAAUUUGGUCCUAUUGAGCUUGUUCAGAUGCCAUAUGACCUUGUAAGUGGUCAGUGCAAAGGUUAUGGAUUUAUCCAGUAUGCCCAAUUUGAACAUGCGAAGGCAGCACAAACUGCCUUGAACGGUCAAUUAGAGAUUGCCGGUAGAACAAUCAAGGUUUCGUUCGUCUCUGAGCAUAUAGGCACACAAGACGCUAAUCCAAAAUCCGCUGAUUUUGAUGAUGAUGAUGGAGGUGGGCUGGCUUUAAAUGCACAAAGGAGGGUUCAGCUUAUGCAAAAGCUGGAUCGUACAGGUGUCGCAGCAAACAUUGUGGGACCUUUUGGAGUACCAGCUAUAAAUGGAGCAGCUCUUAAUCAACCAGGCAUGAAUCCUGGUUUCCCGACAUCAGUGCUUCCGACAACAGCCAGCCCUGCUUUUGUCACAGAGCCUGUUGGUCAGCCAAGUCAAUGUCUUCUAUUGAAGAACAUGUUUGAUCCUGCAACCGAGACGGAAUUGGAUUUUGAUGAUGAAAUAAGAGAAGACGUUCGUCAAGAAUGCUCCAAGUAUGGGCAGGUCAACCAUAUAUAUGUAGACAAGAAGAGCGCAGGUUUUGUGUAUCUGCGGUUUGAAACGGUUCAGGCUGCAGCGGCAGCUCAAAGAGCGAUGCACAUGAGAUGGUUUGCACAGAAGAUGAUAUCUGCAACUUUCAUGCCUCCAAAUGAAUAUGAAGCCAAAGCCAAGGCGUGAAAUGCAGGCAAGAUAGAUUUGUUUGUUCCGACUCGGUAUAAAACCUAAACUGGACUGCGAUUCAUAAUCAGUCUCCUGACUGAAACAUGUGUUAUUAUCUAAAUCAAAAGAUUAUUGGAGACCUUUCCUUCCGUUUUUGGUUGUAACAUUUCCAUAUAUUUAUAUCAUAAGGUUAUUUUACUUUCUA